AUGAAGGACGUCCAGACAGAAAACAUGAUGUUCACCGACAAAAGCAAAUCGUCUUUGAGUCAGAAACCAGGGCAGAAGAAGACCCGCCCCCACGGCCUGCCCUCCCCGGCGCUGUGCUGCGCCUGCGGACUCUGCAUCAUGCUGGCGGGAAUAAACAUUACUCUAGUUGGCGCUUUUGCCUUCGGGACAUUUCUGCCGGUCAAUAACCCCCCCAUCAUCAUCGGACCCAUUCUCCUGGUGGUGGCCUUUGCGUUUUUCGGUGCUUGCUGCAUUUGUAGCCGGAGGCCGCCGGCACACGGGGCCAGGAAGUCGAAGCCGGGAUCUAACAUCGGAUUCAUAAAGCCAGGAAACGCGGCGUUUGAGAUCGAGACCAGCGAGCACACGGUGCAGGAUACCACGGCGGUGCAGCUCAGCCCAACCAACUCUCCGGGGUCAUCCCGAAAGUCCUCCCCGUUCAUGACAACCCAAAGACAUGCAAACUCUUCACCAUGGAAGGCAAUGGGCCAGCCGCUAAAUUCACCGCCGGAGGUGAGUCGGUGCAGCUCAACCUACCUAGAGAUCCGGUCACCU